AUGACAGUUUUAUUGUUUUAACAUUUUAGAUAUAAGAAGUUCCAUUUGUCUGAAAUACAAAUUGGUACAAGUUUCUAUUAAUAUGAUAAUAAUAUACAUUAGACAAAUUGGCAAGCAGGGAUUUGCCUUUCAUUAACCUUUUGUUAUAACCUUAAAACAAACAAAACAAACAAAAGAGGCGGUCGGGCACAGUGUCUCAUGCCUGUAAUUCCAGCACUUUGGGAAGCUGAGGCAGGCGGAUCACUUGAGGUCAGGAGUUUGAGAUCAGCCUGGCCAACGCGGCGAAAACCCAUCUCUAUUAAAAAUACAAAAAUUAGCCAGGCGUGGCGGCGCGCACCUGCAAUCCCAACUACUUAGGAGGCCGAGGCACGUGAAUUGCUUGAACCUGGGAGGCAGAGGUUGCAGUGAGCCGAGAUCGCGCCACUGCACUCCAGCCUGGGCAACAGAGCGAGACUCCGUCUCAAAAAAAGACUUUUAAUAUUUCAAACUUCAAGCAAGAUCAUAAUUUUAUAAAGUGAAGAUGACCAGAGUGUUUGAAUCAGCUACAAAUUGGUCUUUUUUUGUUGGUGGUGGUCUUUAAUCUUGGACUUCUAACUUGAGCAAGAAAAUGUAAAUACAGUAAGCUGCAAAACCAAUGUUCCUUAAUUAGGAACCAUGUGAGCAGUUUAACAUUACAAACAGUUUCUAAAAGUCACACGUGGUAUACAUUCUAACGAGUUUUAGCUUCCUUUAAACUGCGUUGAUACUGAUCUAUAACUUUCCUAAUAAUCACCUCAUACGUUGGUAAUCCUAUGUUCUGGAUUUUCCAGGUCACUUCAGAUUCAAAUAUUUUUUCUAAUGUCAAAUGGUGUGUCUAGAUUUUGGUUUGGAAAACAGGGUCACUAAAUUUGUAGACUAACUUGAAACAGUACUGGCCUUUGGCAAUACGCAGCAAUUCUAUUUCUCGGCCAUGCUUAUCAAGUUAAGUAAAAUAAAAUCAAAGUUCACUAUAUGAUUCACCUAAUUAAAAAAAUUUUUUAACCUAAUUAUUUUAAAAUAAUUUAAGAACUCUGUAGUAAUUUACAAUGUAAAAAGCAUUCAUAAUACGGUGUUUCUAGACACAAACACAUAGCUAGUAAACCUAUAGACAGCUACUCACCCUUGCCAUACAGAAAAUGCAAAACAACACACUUAAGAGAUAUUGUAAUUAUAUAUUAUGUGGUCAAAACUAAAGACGACGAAAAUAUGCUUGUGUUAAUGAAAAAGGAUUUGGUGGUCUUUAUUUUUAAUUUUUAAAUUUUAAUUUAAAUUCCACAGACUGAAACCCAUAUAUGUUUUUCUCUUUCUUGUUUUAUUGGCCGGAGCCAAGUGUCAUGGAACUCAUAUUCUGGAUGAAGAGGAACUGAGAGGACACACUGGCAUUUGCUAUACAUGUGACGAUAAUUAAGUGAACUAAGAUUGACUCAUUUUCCUAUGUCAAAACUGCUAUUUUGCAAAUAAAAUUACUAUCCUUUAUAACAUUAUUUGGUUUGCUUAUUGCUCUGCUCUUUAUUCUUUCGUGUUUCAGGUAACCACUAAAAAAAAGUUUAAAAGUCGACUAUGCCCGGAAUGGCACUCAAUAAUUGAAAAUUUAGGUGAUUUUUUCCGAAGUCCUGUUGGAAGUACAUCUACCAGUAGUGUGAUCAGGCUCUCCCUCCCACAUUUCCCUGCUAGUCAGGACAAGAGAAGCCCGGGGGUGCUGCUGCAAUAGCGGUGGGAGUGGGAGAUAGGCUAUUACCCGCUUGACACUGCACUUUUGCUACGAAUGAUUCACUCCGGUUUGGCACAUUUGUUGCAAGGAAAUCUCCUCCUCCCGCCGCUUCCUUGUUCGAGCUCCUCUCGGGCUGUCUCCUGUGCUUUGGCCUUUAAGAAGUGAGAGCAGGUGGGCACACAGGAGCUCGCCCAGUCCUCCUCCCCCUGCUCCUUCCCUAAUUUAGCAGUACUUCCGGCCGCGUGACAUCAUCCCCCGCACCUCGGUGACGUGAGCGGCGGGUGACGUGUGUGCGGAGAGGAGCGCGCUGACGUUGCUAUUUAAAGGUCCUCCUGCGAGGAGGAUGGAGACACAGCGCGAGCACCUGGUGUGGGGCGCGGAGGAGGCUGUGGCGGCCGGCAGCGGGGCCAAGAGCCAGAGGAGGAGCAGAGCGCACGGCCCGACAGCAGCCGGCCUCUAGGGAAGGGGGGAAAAGAAGGACGAACGGACUGAGGGCCUGCCGCCGGCCAAGCUCUCCACGAGGGCCGCUCGGCCCGCCACCACCAGCCUCUCCGCCGCCUCGCGGCUGCUGCUUUCUCCCGCGGCCCACUGCUCGCAAGGCCCGUCGGGCUCCCAGGACCACUCCGCGCCCCAGCCCGCGGCUCCGUGGCUGCCACCGCCUCCCGCCCCCUCCCGCGAGCAGGGGGAGGGACCGCCCUCGCCCCCCCGUUCUCUCCGCCCCCUUCCCGCCCCCUGCAGCCCACUGCCGCCGCGCUCGCCUCACGCCGGCGGCGCUGACCGGGAAAGCAGCACCCUCCGCUCUGCCAGCCGGCUGGUGGAGGCGGAGGCAGCGGCAGGCUUCAGGCCGCCGGGGCUGGCGCUGUUCUGCCCGGCGGGAGCCGGAGGCCGGCGGAGGCGGGCGCUGAUGGAAGUGUGAAGAGGCGGCGGCGGGGCCCGGGGAAUGUGAGGCGGCGCGUGGCUGCGGCGCGGAGCGUGAGAGACGAGGAGCAGGGGUGGGGGCGCUGGAGCGGCGGCUGCGCUUCGGCUUCGAGCCCAGCUCUCCUGGCCCCAACGCGGGCUUAGCCUCCUGCCUUGGCUCGGGCAGGCGCCCGUCGACCCUUCGGACCCUUUCGCCCGCCCUGGAGCUGGGGGCAGGGUGCCAGUGGAAGCGUGGGGCUUGGCUCUGUGAUUCAUUCAUUCUCCGCCGACGGGAGCCUCAGACCCGCUGUGUUCUGAAGAGAGGAGGGAAGAGGGGGCAGCCGCGAAUGAAGGGCCGAGCACCAGCCGGGCUCCAUUGUGCUCGGCGGCGGGGGGCGGGAAGGGGCUGAGGGAGGUGGGAUCGGGCCCCCUCCUCCAGCUCCCCGGCGUGCGCUGCGCCUCCAGCCUGCUGCCAGCCUGGAAAUGGCUCCGUUUAUUCUCCUCGGGAGAAUGAAUCGAUCCUGCCUAGCCUUCUCUUCCUCCUCCCCACCUCUUCUCUGCUCCGAGUCUUAGGAGGAGAAACAUUUAAAAAGACAGAUUCCAAUGUGGAGUGCCGUGCAGGUUGCGAGCUGCCGGGUUUGCACUUCGAGGAGAUUUUUCUGUGUAGUUUUUUUCCUAAUGUGAGCGCAGGGAAGCCGUGGCAUUACUGCUUUUGGGAUUUUUAUUCACGUGCACGUCGCGUUUGGUUGCUCGCUCCACCCCCGGGGACCUGGUGUGGUGGAGAAAUUUGAAUCCGCAGCCUUAGCUCCGAAAAGGCCGAGUUACCUGGCUCUCCCUGAGUGUCGAGGAGGACAUGAGUGAAAUGACCAGCGAACUCAUUUUUUAUAGGACUCGGUGAAGCCGAAUUCUGCAUUUCCUUACUUGUAGACUCAUUUUGUGGAAUAGAGUUGAUCGCUGUUUCCUCCGCAAAGCAUAAAACUCGAAUAAGCAAAUGCCGCCUCUGUUUGAACGUUUUGGUACUUACAAGAGAGAAAUCAUUUUACCUAAGAGAACUAAUUGAAUUGGCAGCAUCCUUGAAAUACCUCCGGACAAGGAUCUGGGGGUGGGGGUGGAAAAGCAACUGCGAAAUAGCAGACGGAGAAAUUCCUUUGGAAGUUAUUCCGUAGCAUAAGAGCUGAAACUUCAGAGCAAGUUUUCAUUGGGCAAAAUGGGGGAACAGCCUAUCUUCAGCACUCGAGCUCAUGUCUUCCAAAUUGACCCAAACACAAAGAAGAACUGGGUACCCACCAGCAAGCAUGCAGUUACUGUGUCUUAUUUCUAUGACAGCACAAGAAAUGUGUAUAGGAUAAUCAGUUUAGAUGGCUCAAAGGCAAUAAUAAAUAGUACCAUCACCCCAAACAUGACAUUUACUAAAACAUCCCAGAAGUUUGGCCAGUGGGCUGAUAGCCGGGCAAACACUGUUUAUGGAUUGGGAUUCUCCUCUGAGCAUCAUCUUUCGAAAUUUGCAGAAAAGUUUCAGGAAUUUAAAGAAGCUGCUCGACUAGCAAAGGAAAAAUCACAAGAGAAGAUGGAACUUACCAGUACACCUUCACAGGAAUCCGCAGGUGGGGAUCUUCAGUCUCCUUUAACACCAGAAAGUAUCAACGGGACAGAUGAUGAAAGAACACCUGAUGUGACACAGAACUCAGAGCCGAGGGCUGAACCAACUCAGAAUGCAUUGCCAUUUUCACAUAGCCUGGGCGACAAGAGCAAGGGUGGUAGCCACCAGUCUUCAGCAAUCAGCAAACAUUGGGAGGCUGAACUGGCUACCCUCAAAGGAAAUAAUGCCAAACUCACUGCAGCCCUGCUGGAGUCCACUGCCAAUGUGAAACAAUGGAAACAGCAACUUGCUGCCUAUCAAGAGGAAGCAGAACGUCUGCACAAGCGGGUGACUGAACUUGAAUGUGUUAGUAGCCAAGCAAAUGCAGUACAUACUCAUAAGACAGAAUUAAAUCAGACAAUACAAGAACUGGAAGAGACACUGAAAGUGAAGGAAGAGGAAAUAGAAAGGUUAAAACAAGAAAUUGAUAAUGCCAGAGAACUACAAGAACAGAGGGAUUCUUUGACUCAGAAACUACAGGAAGUAGAAAUUCGGAACAAAGACCUGGAGGGACAACUGUCUGACUUAGAGCAACGUCUGGAGAAAAGUCAGAAUGAACAAGAAGCUUUUCGCAAUAACCUGAAGACACUCUUAGAAAUUCUGGAUGGAAAGAUAUUUGAACUAACAGAAUUACGAGAUAACUUGGCCAAGCUACUAGAAUGCAGCUAAGGAAAGUGAAAUUUCAGUGCCAACUAAUUAAAAGAUACACUGUCUCUCUUCAUAGGACUGUUUAGGCUCUGCAUCAAGAUUGCACACACACAAAAAAAAAUUUGAAUAUCACUCCUCCAGGAGGAGGAUCUUUUGAAAAUUGGAAUUGUAUAUUUCACUGUAAAUUUUAGAAUCCAGCUUGUAGCUAGUUGGGGAAAAAAGAGAUGAAAAACUUGAACUACAAAUUACCUCCAUGUAUAUUAUUGGCCAUAGUUAACUAGAAAGUUAUAAAUAGACACUUAAUGCAAUCUUUUUUCCUGAUAUUAGCCAAUGGGAGAAUUAACAAUGUCUAGGUCACAUCCCCUUUUUGUGUUCAACACAGUGAAGAUUAUCUGCUUUUUAAAUUAAUUUAUUUACGAUAUCUAGAGCUGUGUUUUGUGCAAAAACUUAGUGAUGAAAGCCUGUCUUUUGUUGUAAUCUGAAUAAUUUCUCAGGAUAUUUUUGCACUGCUGAAAAGCAGUGCCAUUACCAAUUAAUUCUUGCCAGGAGUGAGAGAGAGCUGUAUCUUUAAUUGAAAUAUACUAUAACUGGGUGUAUAGAGUUCUUCCCUUUUUUGUGCUGGAAGAUAUUUCACUCUGGUGACUACUCUGGUACACUCUGGUGUUCUCUAAUCUUGUCUGUUGUAUAGUUUACUUUUCCAUAUUGAUUCCAUGUAUUUAUGAGAAGAUAUUGUCUCCCAUUUUAUUACACAUUUUAAAGCCAACUAACGAAGGCAGCUGAGUCCCUCAGAAAUUUUUCUUUUUAAAUUUCUAAUAAAUUUGACACACAGUACUGAAAUACAGCAGCCCGUCAUUAACGGUCUGGUCUAGCAAUGUUAAGUAUAUUUACAGAAUAUGCAGUUACAUUUAUUUAUAUAUUUUGCAAGAAAUCUUUUCUGAAUGAUCAAUGCAUUUCAAUUUACGAAUAAUAAUGGUUAUUGGGGAACUGUUUAUUAUAGAUAAUUUUAAGGUGUAUAGCUAUUUUAAAGGGGGUCCAUUUACAUCAAACAGCCGAUCAGAGGACUCUAUCUAAAUUGUGAUCGUGGCAGAUAGAGAUGGAGUUGUGUACUCUAUCUGGCUCUACCCAUCAAUCACAUCUUGAUUCAAACCUCACAAGGCAAUAUUCUGAACUGUUAACUAGGUAUUUCAAAACAGGAAUUAAAUUCAAUAGGCUCUUCUCAGUGAACAGGUUUUAAUGUUGUUUUGAUGUAAUUUUAAAAGACUUUUAGCAAACAUGCAUUUCUUUAUAUAUUUCUUUUAUGAAGCUAUUUUAAAAGUAAGCCAAGUGCUGUCUAGUCUGCUUAUAAAGUAGGAAUUGCAUCAGAAUACAUAUAUUCUUGCUGUACAAUGCCUGUGAUGUUGAGGAGGGUUCUUUCUUAAAGUGUAUGCUUGAGUAUCUGACUCUAUGGAGUCUAUAAAUGAACUGACUUCUUGUUUGUACCCCAAAAUGAUCGAAUUGUUAAGUACAAAAUUAAGCUAAUUAACCAAUUUGUAACCAUUUUUUCACUCAUAAACAGCUACUCAAUACUAGACAAUUUUGUUUUUUAUGUAUGUGUAUGUACGUAAAUACAUACAUAUUAAUUUACAUUAGAGUGAAAAAUAAAUGGUUUGUUUCUGAAGUUAGUUUCUAAAGUGAAUUUUCAGGUGUCUCUGAAAAAUUUAUAACAAACAAUCAUCAUGUAUUAUAUGUGCUGUAACAUCAUGUACGUUACCUCCAUCUAUUUUAGGAUAUUUUCCUCACCUAUAUAUUAUAGGGAGAAUAAUUUAGAUACACAUGCUCAGAGCUGAGAUAUUUCUCUGAUAAAUCAGGUAACAAAGUGUAUUUGAUUGAUGGAAUUUUGAAGUAAAUGUGAUUUUAUCCAUCAGUUUCUGAGUAACAAAGAGCACCAAGUUUUAAUUUAAAUAGAGGAUUUAACACUAGGGAUCAGGGAGUUUAGUUAUGAAGAGUUAAAAGAAUUUUAAAAAGUGUAAGCUGUUGAAAUGGCAAGUGAAUUAUUUUAAUGAUGUAAUAAAAUAUUUUUAAAUUUUGACAUAGUGAUCAUUUAAUGAAAAAACUCACCAAAAUGUCUCCAUUUGAAUUGUAUUGAUAAUGUGGGACAUAUGUGUAAUUCAAUAUAUACAUAUACCCAUAUGUAUAUACAGAAAAUUAUUUUUAAUACUUUCCUACUGAUAUGAAAUUUAAAAUUGGAAAUUUUGUGAGUGUUUUUCUUGUCCAAUAGAGCCUAAUUGUUUCCUUUUUUAGUGAUUUAACAAUCUCUUGAGGGCUGCACCUUUAAAUUCCCAGAUUGUCAAUAGACAUGUACAGUAUAUGGGAUAAGGUGGACACAAGUGCAAAUAUAAAUAAAAUCUUCUUAAGACUUUUAACUAUUCAUUUACAGUAGGAGAGUAUGUAGAAAUCAUCAUCCACAAGUCAUAAUUAGGUUGUGUGCCUACUGUAGUUUUUUCCAUUUCUGUAUUAUAUAAACAUUUGCAUAUUAAAAUUUGAUUUUUCCCAGAGACAAGUAUUAUAUACUGUAUCUAUAUUUAAAUCAAACUGUGGUAAUAUAUUUCUCAGAAAAUAAUGUUGGGGACUAUAGCCUGAACAUGUGGACUUGAAGCGACAUGGAGGAGGAGGUUGAUCCCGUUGUGUAUAAGUUAAUAUGUGAUAACUAUUGAAUCUUGUACAAAAACAAAAAUUGAAAAAAAAAAAAGAAAAGCAAAAAUACAGUUUUUAUUUUGAAAUACA